AUGGUCUCCGGGAAGCAUCCGAACAUCGUCGAGUACUUCGAGUGCUUUGAGGAGAUUGGCGUUAUCCACCUGGUUCUUGAGUACUGCUCUAAGGGCAAUCUCAACAACGUGAUCCAUUCCAAAAGGUUCCGAGAAGGUGGCGAGAAAUUGACCGCCAAGCUUGUCUACCAAGUUGCUGGGGCUUUGCACUUCUUGCGAGACCUGCUAAUUGUACACCGAGAUGUGAAGCCCUCAAACCUCGUGUUUGCGGAAGACGAGGUCGUAAAGCUCACCGACUUCGGUUGCGCCUGCUUAGCAGAUAACCCCGUGCAGGACCUCACUGACAUCAAGGGCACUCCGAUUUUCUUUUCUCCUGAGAUACAUCAGCUGCCACGAGGCUCAAGCAGGCGAGGCCUAUCGUGA